AUGGUAGCCUCCCAGAAGCAAGCCUUACUGAUUCCUCAAGUCCAUGCCGUCAAGCAUGCCUCUAGGCCUACUGUGAAAGAUAAUGAAGUCCAAAAGAGGGGUUCUAUGUAUCAUAGCUCUAGAGAAGUUAGAAAAAUGAGGAAGCAAAGAGAAGGUGAGAGGAAUCUCAAACCAGUGGAUAGCAAGGAGGCUUUCCUAUCUUUUGAGAUCAAAUCACCCCUUUGGCAAGUUUUUUCCAAAAAUGUGGAUAUGAUUUGUCCCUUCCGCCAUAUGGCUGAAGAGCAGUCGAGACCUCAACAGUUCAUGCUCAGGAGGUCCAGAGCCUCCAGAACAGAAGAUGAAGAAUUGAAGGAUAGCCUCAGUCAAAUCUUUUGCGGAACCCAUCAACUGGUGAAACAGAAACUUCUGGGAUCACUACUACUGAUCCUGCAAACACCCAGAAAAAGUAGGCAGUUGUGUAAAUCCCUUUUGAAUGACUUCUCAGAUGUAGCAGAGAAGACUGAAUUUGAUGAUUGUUUCAUUGGGGAAGACCCCGUUUUAAUGGCUGGUUCUUCACCAGCUCACCUGCAUGGAACUCUUAGAUUAGAAUUUAAGUACGGUGUUCCAUCAUUUGAGUUCUCCGUCAAAGAUCCAGAACUCCAGCUUUCAGCAAAAGCAAUGGAAAAACGAAUAAUGCGUUUAAUUGGAUAUACACCUUUCAGAAAAGAGAAGCAGCAGCACAGCAUGGGGGCACAAAAAGACCGACAAGGGCAGUCACCUUCAGUAAUUGGUCAAAUGCAUGCUACUUGUUAUCUGUGCUCAUCAAUGAAUGAUAAUGGAUGUGUAGACAACUCAAUGGUGACAGAGUUCGUUUUGCAUGACAUGGCCUUGGCAAAGAACCGAGCUAUGGAGGAAGGAGGUCAUUAUUCUUCAGAUUCGGUGCAAAUUCCCACCAAAAAUACUAAUGCUAGCUCGGCUGGAAUUAGACCUUUAGACACUAACGAUUCAAGUCCUGCUUGUGACCCAAUUUGCUCUGCUUCUUUGCCCUGGACACCGGUAGAUGUGCAGCCGCAAAAUGAAAUUGCAGCUAUUGUAAUUCAGAUUCCUUUUGGUAAAAAGGAUGACUCAAAAGCAUUACAAACAGAUGAGGUUAGUGCAAAGGAGUGCCCAAACUUGUCAAGCCCUGCAAACAUGAAGGUUGUCACUCCUAGUGGAAGCCAUGGGUUGCCGAAUACCAAAGGUGGCCCCUCAUCAUUGCUUGAUAGAUGGAGAACUGGUGGUGGUUGUGAUUGUGGUGGUUGGGACAUGGGAUGUCCAAUUGUUAUUUUUGACAAUUCGCGUGGGAGUAAGACAAAUCAUACACGCCAUGAAAGCCAAAAGUUAAUGAUGCUGUUCUCACAGGGAAAGAAAGACAAAGUACCUGCUUUGACAGUCACAGCUGAAGGAAAAGGAGUGUAUUCAGUUCAAUUCCAUGCACAAUUAUCGGCAUUACAGGCAUUCUCAAUUUGUAUUGCAAUGUUACAUGGUUCCGAAACUUCCGGUGGUUGUGAAGAGAACAGACUAAGACUGUACUCUAACUCACUGAAGUUACUACUUGAGGAGGAAGUGAGGAACCUAAUUGAAGCAGUAGCAAAGGAUGAAAAGAAAAAAACGAAGAAGAGGUUGGAACAAAUCCAUCCAUCCUUCCUUCUAGACCCACCCUUUUCGCCAAUCGGACGGGUCUAGACCAACAUGUAUGAUAUUACUGACAACUGUGGAGCUUCAGUCCAUGUGCAAGCC